UUCAGAAAACGAAACGUCAACAUCCGAAAUUCUCCAAAGAUUUUGCGGAAAAAAGCCUCGUUACUCCUCCAAAACGACAGAAAUCUCUUCCAAAAUGAACUCAGCUUCGAAAGUAGGCGAAAUUUUCACGGCAGCUGGCAACGCAUUCAACCAAUUGGGAAAUCUGACGGCACAAUUGCAGGCACAGGACUCGCUUUCCGGGAGCAAAUGGACAGAUGAAGAAAUUGAAAUGCUCCGUGCAUCCAUUACGAGAUUCAGUGAAGAUUUAAAUAAAGUUAGUUUACGGAUAAAGGGGCGGACUGUCGCCCAAAUUAGACAAACACUCAAGAAGAAAGCGUUCGAAGAUGCAGGUUUGCCAGUUCCGAAGCAGCAGCAACAAGUUCUCAAGUCUCCAACAUCGACAACGACGACACAAGUGACAAAAGAACUCAAAUCGCCGCAACAGGAUCAAAUGUUGGCGCAGCAUCAGCAAGAAAUUACGCUGAAUCGACUGAAUGCUGAUGUCGAUAACUUUGAUUCUGCCGUCAAGAUGGAAUUUGAAGCGGGUCCCGAGGAAGUGGUCGGGUGAAAUCAGGAGAUGCACGACUAUUACUUUUAAUUUUGUACCUUUUUUACACCGAUUUUUUUUCUCGCGCAUCUCAACAUCGACGAAAAUGGGGAAAUAUUAGCAAAAAAUGGACGAACAUUAAGCGCUACUAUGACUAAAAGUAUCUUUAAUUGUGUAAGAAAUUAAAAAGUAAGAAAAAAUAAUUGUAAUUAACUCAAGUAAUAAAACAAAAAUAAAUAAGAUGUAAAAAUUC